AUGUCAAGACGACUAAGAGGUAGGCAUCCAGAGACAUGCAGGCGGUUGUAUGCCGCAUCGAACCUCAUGGUGUUAGCAUUCAUCUGCUUCGCUUCGCGGAGUGUCCUGGAUUUGCUUGGCAAGUCUCUUGGCCGCAUCGUCUCCAGCUCUGACGUUUUUGACUACGAUAGUACAGAAGAUGUUGUGUUGGACGCGCUCGAUGCUUUGAAUGCGUACAAUGUCCUCGAAGGCAACGGUUUUGGUCUCAUUGCAGAAGGAGAUUCCAGAGAAAUGCUAGCGGUAGCGCCAUUAGAUAUCCCUCGUGAUCAGCUGUAA